AUGGUCUUCCGGGCGGCGUGGCGGCAGCGGCAUGUCUUCCCGGGCAGUGGGGAGAUUAAAGCAGAUGUUUCAGGUUCAGUUGCCAUCCUAACAUUGAAAGAAGCAACUCAGGGAACACAUGCAUUGGGUUAUCCUUACAGCAGCCGCAACCCUGUGAGCACCGCGAGGCGCCUGCUGGCUCGCCAGGCAUUUCGCCGUCUUCACCGCGGGAGGGCGCUGCGCUCUCAGCCGAGCCUCGGCUUGUUUGCGUCGUUUCGCUGCAAAGCUGCGUGCACGGCUGGCCGCGGCGGCGUUGGGCGCUUUGUUGCAAAAUGCCCGCGUGCGGCUGGGGGCUCCGGCGGAGAGAAAGCGCGGCGCCCUGCCUCUCCUGUCUCGUGGGCCUUGUGGGGCAGCCUGCUCGUCGCCCCGGCUUGCGGCUACGUGAUCGUGAAUUCGGUGUCCUGGUCGGUGACCAACGAGGUGGAAGAGGAGCUGGACAGCUCCUCCAACGAGGAGGUGCUCCCCGCGCUGCUCGAGGACACCACCAGCAUCUGGAAGCAAAGCUACCCGGCCUCGGUGUACAAAGAGGAGGCGGAGAUGAGGCCGCCGGGGACGGCGAGAUCGAAGCAGAUCUCCUCGCCUUCCCGGAUGUUUUCCUACCGGAGAGAGAGCGGCAAAGGCGCGGACAGCCUGGCCUCUCAAGAGCAAGCGAGCCGGACUGCCCGUUUCCUGAGCCAUCACAGCAGCUGGGGCUUCCUGGCCACCGAAGCCACUCAAGAAAAGAUUCAAGGAACACCGUUGGGAAAUUAUUUCUCUAUCAGUGAUGGUCCUGCAGACAAUAGCACUGGAAUUCCUUUCUUCUAUAUGACUCCAAAGAGCAACACAGUAGCUAAUCUGAUGAAAAAUUCUGUAGCUUCGCUGACAUUGCUAGAGGCAGAAGGAGACUUUUGCAGAAGAACUGUUGUUGAUCCUGACGAUUCACGGUGUGCCAGACUUAUUCUUACAGGAGAGAUGGUUAUAGUGCCUCCACAAGAAAUGGAAUUUGCCAAGCAAGCAUUGUUUUCUAGGCACCCAGUAAUGAGAAAAUGGCCUCGCAAUUAUGAAUGGUUCUUUAUGAAAAUGAACAUCGAACAUGUCUGGCUUCAGAAUUGGUAUGGAGGACUUGUCACCAUUCCUCUGGAAGAAUAUUUCAAAGCUCCCAGUAAAACUUGAUUGAACUUUAACAUAUGUGAAUUCAGUGUUUUCAUAUUUACUUUUUAAAGAAAAGGUUUUAUAUAUUGUGUUAUUGGGUAUUUAUUUAACAGUAUUUCUGUGCAAAGUGUUUAAAAAUGGCUCGAUCCUUCUUAAUUGGAGCAGAAUGACAGUAUGAACCUUUUACGUGAAAAUGAGUAGUAGAUGCUAAACUACAGUCAAUAAACUUACCAUUUAAGACUG